AUGGCGAGCGCAACGGGCAUCCCCAACGACCCCGUCGACCGUGAGACUACGGGAACAGACGAACUGGAGCCCCUUCUUGGUCGCCCAGGGGACGCGUCGCAAAAGGACAGAGAACCAAUCCUGAAGAAUCUAAUUCUCGGGACCGGCAUCAUCGCCGAGGGCGCCGCCCUCCUCCUCGUCGCCUCGACAUGGGCCGCCGUGUUCCUCCACCCGCUGAUCGUCCCGUUCUCGAUCCACCCUCUCGCGCAGUCCCUCGCCGUGCUGGUGCUGGUGCAGUCGAUCCUGAUCCUGCAGCCGACGCACACGGGCCAGCAGAAGCAGGUCGGCCAGAAGAUCCACGCCGGCCUCAACCUCCUCGCCUUCGCCCUCUUCCUCACCGGCUUCGUCAGCAUCGAGUACAAUAAGUUUGCCAGCGGCGGCGCGCACUUCAAGUCGGUCCACGCGUACCUGGGCGUCAUCGUGUCCAUAUGGCUGCUACUUCAAUACCUCAUCGGGUUCACCAUGUUCGCGACACCGAAGCUAUACGGUGGUGAGGCUAAGGCGAAGAAGAUCUGGAAGUAUCAUCGUACCAGCGGCUACGUCCUCUUCCUCUUCCUGCAAGCCACGGUUAUCAGUGCGACCAAGACGGACUACAAUGUCGGCGUUCUCGGACUGAAGCUGUGGGCCUUCAUCCUCAUCAGCGUGCUGUUGAUUGUUGGUAUCUACCCGAGAAUCAAGAAGCAGAAGCUGGGUUUGUAA